UAAUUCUUUCGUCACGUGCUUGAUUCUCAUGUUACAUUUUCUUUCAGUUCUUUACUACAAAACCGCUUCCAUCGGAGCCCUCUACUUUACCAAAGUACCCACCAAGCAAGGAGUUUGAUGUUAAGCUUCGUGAUGAGGAAAACCGAAGAAGAAGAGCUCCUAUCAGUACAGCACGUGAACAUGAAGCAGCUCGAAAGUUUCCGAAAGAACCUAAAGCUAUUCCUGCACCAGAUGCAAAUGCUGAAUUGCAGACAUCCAUGCAGAAGAAACUAAGGCAGCAGAAUCCUUCAAGUGUCAGUGAAAAGUAUAAUCCUGAAGAGGACGGAGGUUCUGGCUUUUGCAUUGAUCCCCCUAAAGAAUCAACACAAACUCAACCUAAUGCUUCGAGUUCUUCACGAAACAUGAACAGGAGUCGGGGUGAUACUCCAGGAGGUUUUUCAAUCGGGGAAAAGGGCGCAGAACUUAGAAAACAAAGAUCUUAUAUGCACCAUGGUUCUGGACAGUUAUCCCGGUAUUCCAAUUCCGUUGCAGGUCAAGGCGGUUUGCAAUUCGGCUGUGGUGGAGAAAGUAGUAGUAAUUCACGUUGGCCAGAAGAGUGUUUUAAUGUGUCAUAUAACCAUUUCAAUGGUGGCGAAUCUUCAGAAAAGCAUGAAUGGUCUCACCAUUUACUAGAAAGUCCGAAGUCUUCUUAUAAGAUAGAUGAUCAGUCAUCUGGAAAAGAGUCUGCUAUGAAUUACGCCUCGAAAAAGAGAAUUCAUUAUUCAGGACCCUUGAUGCCUCCUGGUGGAAACCUUGAGGAAAUGUUAAAAGAGCAUGAGAAACAAAUCCAGCAUGCAGUUCGUAAGGCUCGUAUAGACAAAGCGAAGACAAGAAAGACAUACGAUGACAAAAGUCUAUCGGAGUCGUUGCUUCACCAUAUGAGAAACGGCAAUUGAGCUUUAAAAACUGUCCGAAAGUUUGACCCAAGCAGGACAGAGAAGCUCAUGUAGAACAGCAUUGUUUAAAUGUUGGUGAGACUUCCAUAUGGAAGUUCAUGAAGUUUGCACAAGCUGCACGGAGGUACGGUUGAGUAGUUUUGAGUAGUUUCGUCGACCGUACUUGAGAGUUCAGAUGUUAAUACACAUUUAAGGAAGAAAGACAAUGAAAUCCAUUCAAAAUGGGUUUCAGAUCCAGAAAUUGAUAGAGGUCUGUCUCCUUGGCACGGAUGAGUUGCUAAAGGAAUUCUUUGUACAGCCUAACAUGUUUUUCUAAUCAGUUUUAUGUGUUGUAAAGGGUACAGUACAGUAGGCGUUCUCCAAAUUGAAGUUUUCCCCCCUCCACAUCCUUAUUUUUUUUGAAACACUUGGUCAAAUACAACCACUACAGAGCUGCUAAACAGAGUUGUUACGAUGAACAACUUGUUCUUGUUCUUGUCACCUAUUCACUCUUAGUUAUGUGACAUUUGGCUCAAUAUUUACUCUGAAUAUGAAUUUUUGGAUUUGGGAAAAUUUUGCAUCAUGGAAAACAGUACUUUAAGAACUUCCAUUGAUGGAAGCCGAGGAAAUGGGCAUUGGAUGGAGAAGGAUCUUCCAUUGACGAAGUUCAAAAGCAAUCUGAAUGCCUUUGUUGAUUUGUUCUGAGGGUUGUCUCUUUCUUGUUGAUUUGCUUUAUGUAAUUUGUCUGUGUAUUUGUGUGGAUGUAAACUGAUUAAGAUGUGAUUAA